ACUGCGGGGCGCGGGGGCGGCAGAGCCUGCGGGAGAGGGCGGGCCGCGGUCAGCUGCUGCGGGCGGGCGAGUGCCGAGCGCUGCGGCGGGUCUUGGCGUCUCCUGCCGCCGCCCUCCCUCCGCCACGAUGCCGGGAAUCGACAAGCUGCCCAUCGAGGAGACGCUGGAGGACAGCCCGCAGACUAGAUCUUUACUGGGUGUAUUUGAAGAAGAUGCUACAGCUAUUUCCAACUACAUGAACCAGUUGUAUCAAGCUAUGCAUCGGAUUUAUGAUGCACAGAAUGAAUUAAGUGCAGCAACACACCUGACUUCAAAGCUUUUAAAAGAAUAUGAAAAACAGCGUUUUCCACUAGGGGGUGAUGAUGAAGUUAUGAACUCUACUUUGCAACAGUUUUCAAAAGUUAUAGAUGAACUUAGCUCUUGUCAUGCGGUACUUUCAACACAGCUCGCUGAUGCCAUGAUGUUCCCUAUUACCCAGUUUAAAGAAAGAGACCUAAAAGAAAUAUUGACAUUAAAGGAGGUGUUUCAGAUUGCUAGUAAUGAUCAUGAUGCUGCAAUUAACAGAUAUAGCCGAUUAUCAAAAAAGAGAGAAAAUGACAAGGUGAAGUAUGAAGUAAUAGAAGAUGUCUACACUUCUAGAAAAAAGCAACACCAGACUAUGAUGCAUUAUUUUUGUGCAUUAAAUACUCUUCAGUACAAAAAGAAAAUAGCUUUGUUAGAGCCUCUUCUUGGGUACAUGCAAGCUCAGAUAAGUUUCUUUAAGAUGGGUUCUGAAAAUCUCAGUGAACAACUGGAAGAAUUUUUAACUAAUAUUGGAACAAGUGUGCAGAAUGUUCGCAGGGAAAUGGAUAAUGAUGUAGAGACCAUGCAACAGACAAUAGAGGAUUUGGAAAUAGCCAGUGACCCCUUAUAUAUGCCUGACCCAGAUCCAUCAAAAUUCCCUGUCAGUCGAAACUUAACCCGAAAGGCUGGAUACCUUAAUGCUCGGAAUAAAACAGGCUUGGUGUCAUCUACCUGGGAUAGACAGUUUUACUUCACACAGGGUGGAAACUUAAUGAGUCAGGCCCGUGGAGAUGUAGCAGGAGGCUUGGCCAUGGAUAUAGACAACUGUUCCGUGAUGGCUGUGGACUGUGAAGACAGGCGAUAUUGUUUUCAGAUCACCUCUUUUGAUGGAAAAAAAUCUUCAAUUUUGCAGGCAGAGAGUAAAAAAGACCAUGAAGAGUGGAUCUGUACAAUAAACAACAUAUCUAAACAAAUAUAUUUAAGUGAAAAUCCAGAGGAAAUUGCUGCUCGAGUAAAUCAGUCAGCAUUGGAAGCUGUCACUCCUUCCCCAUCUUUCCAGCAGAGGCAUGAGAGCCUGCGGCCAGCAGGACAAUCUCGGCCACCUACAGCUCGAACAAGCAGUUCAGGAUCUUUAGGAUCUGAAUCUACAAGUUUGGCAGCCCUCUCUCUAGAUGCUCUUGUUGCCCCAGACACCCCAAUACAGUUUGAUAUCAUUUCUCCUGUGUGUGAAGAUCAGCCUGGUCAGGCAAAAGCCUCUGGCCAGGGAGGAAGGCGUACGAAUCCAUUUGGAGAAUAUGAAAAAAGUGUGAAAGAAGAAAUUGAAGGUUCUAUUUAUCAUCAGUUAUUUAUUGUUCGAUUCCUUGGUUCUAUGGAGGUAAAAUCAGAUGACAAUCCAGAUGUUGUUUAUGAAACAAUGCGCCAAAUCUUAGCUGCCCGAGCCAUUCAUAACAUCUUCCGUAUGACAGAAUCACAUUUAUUAGUCACUUGUGAAUACUUAAAGUUAAUUGAUCCUCAGACGCAAGUUACGAGGCUCACGUUUCCAAUACUCAGUGUAGUUCUAUUUGCUACACACCAAGAAAAUAAGAGGCUUUUUGGAUUUGUUCUUCGUACAUUGGGAGGAAGAAGUGAAAGUAAUUUGUCAUCAGUCUGCUAUAUAUUUGAAUCAAACAAUGAAGGAGAAAAGCUUUGUGAUUCUGUUGGACUGGCAAAACAGAUAGCUCUGCAUGCAGAAUUGACUCGUAGGGCAGAAGAAAAACACAAAGAAAGAAUGAGGGAAAAAGAGAAGCAGCAAAAAGAACUCAGUAAACAAAAACAAAUCGAAAAGGAUUUAGAAGAACAGAGUCGGCUGAUAGCUGCUUCCAGUAGACCAAACCAGGGCAGUAGUGAGGGGCAGUGUGUUGUCCUUAGCAGUAGCCAGUCAGAAGAGAGUGAUUUGGGAGAAGAAGGAAAGAAGAGAGAGUCAGAAGCAUAAAUAUACUAUUUUUUGUUGUUUCCCCCCUUGGGAUUUAUGGACAGUUUCUGUGAUGAAAUGGCACAAGGUAGCAACUACGUUGAAAUAUCAAGGAGAGUCAAGUUUAUAUUUGCUUGUUUCCUUUUAAAAUAAGAUUACCAUGAUGACUUAACUUUGCAUUAUUGUUUCCUUGAAAGUAAUAUACUCUAGUAACAUCAAAUUCCAUGUGUCUAAAAGUUUAUCUCCCUGACUUAGAUGACUAAGGAAUUACACUUUUCCUUUUUUUCUCCCCUUCAAAUUAUGAACUUAUCUUACAUUGUAAUUGGUUGUGACCAAUGAGAAAUCACUUAAUCUUCCACUUUAGAUAUUCAUGGAUGUGCUCUCUUUCGUUUUGGACUCUUUUGCUAGUAAAGUGGAAACUUUUGACUGAAGAGGUUUCAAACCCUUUAUUCAGAGAAUUCCUUAAAUUUGAAAAUAUUUUAACAAUAUUAAAUGUGCAAUAGAACUUUUAUAAAAUAAUGUUAGCUUUUAAACUGAGGUCAGAUUGUUUUAGGUGGUACUCUAGAAUUUUCAUGAAUUGCUCAUCUUUCUCUGAUGUACUUGGUGCCAGUGGGAAAGAAGCUUAAGUGUCUGCUAAAGAUUGAUAUAGCCCUUGGCAUUUUGUUAUCACAUUCUUAGUUCUCAGGUUGGGACUUGAAUUAUUGCUGCAGAGCAGUAGUGGUUAAUAUAAGAUUUUGGAAUUUAUUAAAAGGGAUUUUUUUGCUUUCAGAAACAUUUUAGAUUAGGAUUUAAUACGUAAAGAUACUGUUACAGGAUAAUAUGGUUGUAUUUUCUGCAUUGUAUGAAAUAAUUUUUAUUGAAAUCAAGUGGCAUUUCAAAAGAAGUUCAGUAACAGUUAUUUCCUGCUUAAAGUAAAAAUUACCAGUUUAGUUUUAAAAAGUAAUCUUACUAAAUUUCAGACUGAUAACUCCCGGUAUUUUCAUAAUCCCAUGUUUUGAUAAAAUACUGAUUACCACUUUAUAUCCAUGAAGACAAAUAACUAAUAUAUAAGAAUAGAAUAGUUUUCACUAACCAUUUGUAAAUACUGUUUUCUUCACAUGAGCAAAAGGCCUAAUUUCAUUAAAGUUUCAAAAGAAAUAGUAUGUAUGGCAGAGGAGAGUUGGCUAAGAAAGGAUUUAACCUGGUGCCGAGGUUAAAAUGAUAAUUGUCUACUGCCUAUUUCUAUGUCAAAACUUGGAUUUCUUCCUUUCCUCAGAGUUUCACCAUUGCUGAUAGAAAUUAUGUUCUUGUGUUUCACAUGUAAAAGUAUAUAUAGACACCUUAAAUCCUUAAAUAUAUCGAGUAAAGUAUUUUACAUAGUCAUAUACUCAAUUUUUUCAAGAAAUUAGCCAUUAAAAACUAAUUUUACAAGGGAAACUUUAUAAAAAAAAUUGUUUAUUUUUAGUUCCAAGUUAGAAAUGACAUCUGUUUUAGUUCUCACAAUAAUGUGGCUAUUUCCUACUGUUACAUACACUGUUUUCUGCAGGAAAGGGAUUGUUAAUUUUUAUAUAGGAUCAUGAUUUUUUUUUUCCCAUGUGCCAAAUGGGAACAUAAUGAUUAUUUGGUGAUCAUUAUUUUGAAGCCUUAUGUUAUCAAAACAUAUAAUUAAAAAGUGUGUUUUGUGUUUAUUAAAAAGGGAUUACUUUCACAACAGUUUAUUAAUUUUUGUAGAAGUUUAAAUUUCUUUAGUGAUCUCCUUUAUUAGUUAUAGCAAAUCCUGCUUUUAAGAUCUUCUUGAGAAUUGGUAAGCUUUCCAUUUCAUUAAGUAUUUUGUUUUUACUAGCUAUUUAAUUGUCGCCUCAGUUCAGGUGAAAAUGAUCAAAUUAGAAGGAUGAUAUCUUUACUAGGUUGGUACUUUGCACACUGGUGGUGAAGUUAUUGCCCUUUGUUAGUACUCUAAGUCAAUGUAUCAGCUACAUAUUUUAAGGGUAUUUGCAGACUUAGGGAUGCUAGACUGACUUGUAGUUUAAGUCAUGUUUGGAUAGUAAUUUCCACAAGAAUACAUUAAUGUCCAUAGUAAACCAAAGCAUUUCAACACCAAAUAUAAGCCAUGUAAGGGAUUGACAAUUUCAGAUGACUCAAACUCUUUUCCACUGUUCUAUAACUAUAUUAAAUAUUCCAUUAUUGUAGCUAUCAACUUUAAUAAACUCAUUUUUGUUUCAAAAGGCUUCCUGUGGGUUUAUAUAUGUUAAAAUUCAUCUUUGUUAUCCUUUGAAAUCCCUUUUAGCUUUCAGAUGCUUUGUUGGUGACUGAAUUAGAUUUUGGAAUAUCUUUUCUUAGAUUUAAACUGUUUUGGAUAAUUUUUGCAUAUUAACAAAACUGUUUAAAAGGAAAAAAUAAGUCUCCCUAUUUCUGCUAUGUAUUCCACUACCUUUAGGAAUGGUAUUUCUGUAAUGAAGUCAGAAAAUAGGACACUAUUCUAGUCUCCCUCAAAACAUUUAUAAAACUUGAUAAGGUACUAAAAUUUUUCACUCACCAAACCAGUCUUUUUUUGCCAUAUCUUAAGAAUUACUAUGUGUUUAAUUUUUAAAGAAUUUCAGGCUCCACAAUCGAAGGAUUAUCAAUUUACGUUUCCUUUAUACUUGGGAAAAGUAUAGUUAAGGUGUGCAAAAGAGCAUUCUAGGUAACAUAAUCUGUGUAGUAAGGUCACUUAAAUUUAAGAUUUUAAUCUUAUAAAUACUGACAGACCCUAAAAAAAAUACUGUAAAAUCGUCUGCCACCUGAAUAAGAUGAAACUAUUAACAUUAACAACUUACUAGCAUUAAACUCUAAAUAUUUAAACAUACUGAUUAUAGCAAACAAGCCAUCCAUUUUAUUUUUUAUUAAGUUUGAAUUACUCUUCUGUGAGAUUCUGUUCUUCCCCAUUAAUGUUAAUAUAAAUAUUUAAAACUGGAAAUACUAUGUUAUACUUUCUAACCAAUCUCUUGUGGCUGUGUACUCAUAUGUAAUGUACUUUGGUUAAUAUGAGAAUGGAGAAUUAAGUUAUAACUAAUGUGUAAAACUGUUUUGUAUAUUUGGUGAUUUUGUAAGUUGUUAAUUGGUUAAUUCUUAUUUCACUGAAAAUAAUAACUGUGUGGUAUAUAAUUAAUGAUACUUUCCCUUUAAAAUUGGAUUUGAGGGGGUCAGAAAAUAACUCUGACUUUGUAAAAGUGCUUGCCUUUUAUGUGAGGCACUGAGUUUAAUCCCUGGCACUGCAAAAAAAAAGAGAGAAUUUGAAAAAUCAGCUUUAUGUGAUAGCAGUCAUACAUGUGAAGUGGAGAACUUAUUUUUUCAUUUUGUCAAAAUAAGUUUUCACUGACAAGUCUUAAGGAUACAUGCUGUUAGAUUUUUAAUGUAUAAUAAAGUCCAUCUUUCAUAUAG